UAAAUGUAGGGGACGUUACUCUAUUAACUUUAAGAAAAUAUCGUAAAUUUCAAUUACAUCACAAGAAUUGAGUGGAAUUCAUAAUUUACCAAAAGAUUGUUAACUUAACAGGAAUUAUUCUAGCUUUAAAAGGACGCUGGGCAGAAUGGUGGGAAGACUGACUGAAGAUCAGAUGGACAUUCUGGAAAAUAUGAUCGGUUCUAGUCCGAAGAGUUUCAAGCUGCUCUACAGCAUAACUAGGGACGGCCGCAGCGCCGCAGACUUUCAUCAGAGGUGUGAUAACCAGGGUCCUACUGUGACUGUUCUUUACAACCCACGGGGCUCUAUUUAUGGUGGAUACGCGGGUGUUAGUUGGCAGAGCAGCGGGGGUUACACCGCGGACGACACCGCAUUCAUUUUCCAGUUGUUAUUUUCAGGGAAACGUGUAGUGAAUACAUUUCGACCAAAAAAUGUAUCAAAAGCCUUGUACUUUUGCCACGAUGACAGCCCACAUUUCGGAGCUCAAGAUUUGAAAGCUUUUUCAAAAAUUGUUUCUUUGAAUACAGACGGAACAUUUAAUUUGAAUGGAAAAUUAGCUGUUGGAACUUACUAUCAUAGUAACAACGUUACUAACGAGAACAUCAACAACGGGAUAAUGGUUGUCACGGAAAUGGAAGUGUACGCUGUUUCUGAUGAGGCUCGGAAAUCUCCACCAAAGGGAACAGCAUGGCGAAAAACUCCAAAUCUUAAUGCAGAGUACACGUCAAAAAUGACAGAAGAGCUUUCACUGAUUAAGCCACAAAGUGGACGUGGAAUCACCGACUUCCGAUUGUUACUUGUUGGUCCAAUUGCUGCGGGAAAAUCAAGUUUCAUAAAUACUGUCAUGUCAGCUUUCGCCGGUAGGGUAAUACAUAAGGCUUCUGUAGGUAGCUCGGACAAUGGCCUAACCAAUAAAUACAUGCCUUACCCAGUACGCCAGGAAGACGGAUCUUGCCUCAACUUCCGGUUGUGCGAUACACCAGGUAUCGGCGAGCAUUCGGCGAUGGACGUAGUAAACCUGCAUUUUCUUUUAGAUGGACACUUACCGAACUCAUUUCAGUUUUCUCAUUCUCAUCAUGUGAGCACUAAGACGGUUGGUUUUAUUCAAAAACCUACUCUGUCUGACGAAGUUCACAGCGUUGCCUUUGUGUUAGAUGCCUCAACAGUCGGCGAUAUGUCACCAACAGCUAUUGUUCGCCUAAAUGACUGCAAAAGAUUGGCACAAGAAAAAGGCAUACCAAUUGUGGUUAUUCUCACCAAAAUCGACAAACUUCACGAAGAGAUUGAAGAUAAUCUUGCGGACAUUUUUAAAUGUCAAGAGAUCAAGGCCGUCGUAGAUCAAGUCAGCGAGACGCUUGGUAUUCCACCAAAUCACGUGUUUCCGGUGAAGAACUAUCAUAGCGAGAUGGAGACGGAAGUUGACAUGCACGGGCUAGCACUCAUAGCACUUCGGAAGUUAAUUUGCAUGGCCUCUGACGUCUUGGAGGAGCGCAUUUCCGGUAGCGAAGAUAGUCUAGCGGAGUCGACUGCAAUUACGGAGUCUGACACUGCGUAGUCUCUUUUGUUGUAUACAGGCUAAACAAGUGGGGAGACAUGAAUCAAUGUGUAUUGUUACAACGUUUAGCAUAAUUGUAUUGGUCUUAUAGUUAUUUACGAAACUGAGUGUAAUCGGUAGUAGCCAAAAGUGAUUUCAUUGGCAGUGUUUCGGGAAUAAUUAUCUGUUUAAUGAAAUCGCACUGUAAUGGAUUCUUAUUUUGUCCGCAUAACACAGAGUGGUAGGUUAACCUUUUUAAGUAAAACAACAUAUUAUUCUAAAACAAUUUAGUCAUAAUUUUUCUGUGUCAUACUCGACAUUUUCCUCGUACUGACCACUUGUCCGAAUAAGGUAUGACAUUCCUCUUGCACAUAGACGAAUCAUAAUGGCGUUCUGUAUCAACACGUUUUUAUUUAUGCUUUCCGGUAGUUUAUAGAGAUUAAUCAAUUAAACAUAUUCGAUAUUUUAGUGUUUUUAAACAUUUAAUAUAAAUAACAUUUUGAAAGAGUGAAAUAACAUCUUGUAGUUGCUCCCCAUGUAGCAAUCAUAGAAAAAUAAAAUACAAAAAACAUA